UCAUUAGGGCUUUUCACCGGCAAAACACCGACACACUCCCUCUUCCUGUAACCGGGCAAUAAACACGGAUCGGCGGCAGCAGCAGGAUUGAGCCCCGGUGCGCACCAUCCAUGGUCCUCCCCUUGAUGUGGGUCUGACAGGAGGGUUGGUGUUACUUCUCUGAAGAGACGAGGCAAGAGGCAAGAGUCCGAGGCAAAGUGAUCGAGACAGGAGUCCUCCCAGACAGCAGGGGGCAGCAGCGAGCAUGCAGGAAUCAGCCUCAGACAGCAAGAUGGCCAAACAGGACCAGAACUCCAAGUAUCUGGAUGAAAAUAGAGAAACAGACGACAUGUCGGAGAAAACGUCGCCAAACAAGAACCUCAAAUCUCCCCAGAAAGGCUCCAAACGACUCAAAACCGCCCCCUUCAAAAUCACCCUGCUGGACACAUCGGAGUUCGAAGGCGAAAUUGAGAAACACUCCAAAGGACAGAGCCUGACAGACAUGGUGUGUGAGCAUCUCAACUUAUUGGAGAAGGACUACUAUGGUUUGACCUUUGCUGACACCGACACCCAGAAGAACUGGUUGGACCCCUCUAAGGAGAUCAAGAAGCAGAUGCACAACUCUCCGUGGCACUUUGCCUUCUCUGUCAAGUUCUACCCUCCAGAUCCCUCCCAGCUCACGGAGGAUAUUACCAGAUACUACCUGUGUCUGCAGCUGAGGGAUGACAUGCUGUCAGGUCGGCUGCCAUGCUCCUUCGUCACUCACGCCCUCCUCGGCUCCUACAGCGUUCAAGCCGAGCUGGGCGACUAUGACCAGGACGACCACGGCUCCGACUACGUCAGCGAUUUCCGCUUCGCUCCCAAUCAGACUCGCGAGCUGGAGGAGAGGGUGAUGGAGCUCCAUCAUAACUACAAGGGGAUGACUCCAGCAGAGGCUGAAAUUAACUUCUUGGAGAACGCAAAGAAACUGUCGAUGUACGGGGUGGACCUCCAUCACGCUAAGGAUUCUGAAGGGAUUGAAAUAAUGUUGGGCGUCUGUGCCAACGGCCUGCUGAUUUACCGAGAUAGGCUGAGGAUCAACCGCUUUGCCUGGCCAAAGAUCCUCAAGAUCUCGUACAAGAGGAGCAACUUCUACAUCAAGAUACGACCUGGGGAGUACGAGCAGUUUGAAAGUACAAUCGGUUUUAAGCUUCCUAACCACCGAGCUGCCAAGAGGCUGUGGAAGGUCUGCAUUGAGCAUCACACCUUCUUCAGACUGGUGUCUCCAGAGCCUCCUCCCAAGGGCUUCUUGGUGAUGGGUUCAAAGUUCAGAUACAGUGGAAGGACACAGGCUCAAACCAGGCAGGCCAGUGCUCUCAUAGACCGGCCCGCUCCACACUUUGAGCGUUCAGCCAGCAAGAGGUACCUGCUGUCCCGGAGCCUGGACGGAGCCGAGUUCUCGAGGCCGGUCUCAGCGAUGUGUGAGAACCACGACGGGCUCACCCGCCGCAGCAUCAGCGAGCAGCGGCGCCUCCACAGCCCCUCGGUGGAGGAGCAGCAGGAGGUGGAGCUGGAGCCCAGCACGGAGCAGGACGAGGACGAGGACAAGGACAAGGACGAGGACAAGGACCAGGACCAGGACCACAGCGAGAUGACCGAGGAGUACUAUGACGGCGAGGUCACUCCAAGCAGAAAGAAAGAGAUCAUGUUUCUGGAUAAGUCGAAGGAUGUUUUGCUGAAGCACCAGGCGAGCAUCAACGAGCUGAAGAAGGCCCUGAAGGAGCCCAACAGCAAGCUGUCGGUCCGCGAGAAACGUCUGUCAGGAACCUCCCCGACCGGCACGCCGGAGAGGAAGGCUUCGGCGGUCCGAGCAGUGGGGAAGGACCCUGUUAACAGCCUGUCUGUUGAGGGUUUCGUCCAGAAGACGGUGGUGACUUCACCUGAGGAGCCCGUCUCUACUCCUGCCAUUUAUGAAGAGCCGUUUGCUGAUUUCAAGAAGGAGCUCGGGGACAGGAGGCCUCUGCCCAGAUUAGCGUCAGAGGAGGAGCAGGACCGGGACACGGUGGCCUGCAUGAGAGAAUCCCACCUGGGCAUCGAGCGUAAAUGUUCCAGCAUGACGGUGAGCUCCACGUCGAGCCUGGAGGCGGAGGUGGACUUCACCGUCCUGAUGGACCUCCACUCCGGAUCCGAAGACUUCUCUAAGGGCACGUCGGAGCACGGAGAGCGGGACAGGCAGCCUGAGGUGUGCCGGGAAGAUUUUGAAGAGACCUCCAGGUUCUACUCUGCCCGUCUGAUGGGCUCCCGGGACAAGUCUCCCAUAGAGGAGGGAACACAUCACGAGCCUCCCGUGGCAAAGAAAGAAGCCAGUGCUGUGAGUGCGGCCCACAUCAUGAAGAGGGCUGAUAGCAAGAAGGAGACGCACACAAAUGGAUCAGAGGCCCACUCCAACAUCAUGAAUGCCUCACCGCAGAACCACGGAGGCGUCAGCCCGAGGCAGGCUCCUGCUGCCCUGAAAGAAAAUGGCUCGCCUGUAAAAGUUGCGACCCAGGAGAGGGACUCUGUUGUUUCCCCGCUGACCAUCACAGCUGAGAGCGUCACCACAGCAACCACAACUCAAGUUACCAAGACUGUGAAAGGAGGUUACUCAGAGACAAGAAUCGAGAAGAGGAUAAUAAUCACAGGAGACGACGAUGUGGACCAGCAUCAGGCCCUCGCCAUGGCCAUCCAGGAGGCCAAGCAGCAGCACCCUGACAUGCUGGUGACAAAAGCUGUGGUUAUCAGGGAAACAGAGUCUCCUACUGAGGAGAUGCAGCAGCACUCAGAGUCCUGAUCGGCCAUGAAGGCUCCUGAGACGGGGGGACAGGAGAGGGUCCUGUUUGUCCCCUGGCCCACCCCGCAGAUACCAGGACCCUCCACCCCGUCUGUGUAAAAACACCAACACCAGAACAGUUCCUCCUCCACUCCUGUACCCUUUAGACGGACCAACUGUGACACCGCUUGUGACCCAACACGAUCCUCCACCACUUUAGGGAACAGGAAGAAUCCGCUAUUGGAUGGUUUACCACUUGGUUCAUCAAGUCACGCCUGUUUUACUUCAGCUCUGUUGUCGACAAAAACCUUAGUUGCAUUUGAUGUCAUCUUGAUAUUUGAAUCAAUGAGUUUUCAACCUCCAACCCAAUUCACUCAAAAAUGGCUUCUGUCACAUAUGAAAGGUAUAACAGCAUGGAUAAGAGAAUUGGAUGCCAAAACAGACUGACUCGAGAACAGAAAUACUCGGAUCAUCCAUGGAUCUUACAGCGAUCUUCCGGCGUUCUUCCGCAUUCCCCAUUUUACAACUUCUAGGCCCUACUUAUUUAUAUUGAUUUAUCGAUAAGGGCUAAUCAGUGUUUUUCCUGUUUUUAUUUACUUACUUACUAAAAUCCCAAUGUAAGUCAAUGAGGGCCAAAAUGACAUCACGGACUGACACGGAAAUGUAGUACCACCGUUUGGCCACUAGGAUAUUUGCUUCCACGCCUGGUCGCUUCUUGUAUUAGAGCAGAGGAGGGUUGUGGGAAAUGAUGGAGACAAUGCUGGUGGUGGGGUGAGGCGGGGAGGGUGGUGUCAGGCGGCCUUUUUGCUCGACGUCGCCACCUCCUGGCUGUGACCUUCAGUAUAAUCAACUGCUGUCUUAUUAGCUUUUUACAUUUUUAUCUAUAGAGGAUCUAAUUUAUGUCCAGUGUUUGCUUGUUUAUGAAAUAUGUAUAAUAUCAGAUGACUAUAAUCUGCAUGAUUCAAUAAAAAAAAUAGCAGAGGGAAUGAAAAAAAUAAACCACAAUGUCCACAUUUGGAAUCCAUAGAAAGACAAUGGGACUGAACUGUAAAAAUCCCUUAAUGGACACAUGGAGAAGACGGACAGUUGUGUAACACUUCAGUGGACAGCUGGGACAAACACACAUCACUGUCCUCGUCACAUUCAACGUUCCCGCUUUCAUUUUGACGUCUAUUUGCCAUCUACACUGAGAAAUGCUGGUCACAUGUUUUGGGCAAAGUUAGAGGAUUUUUAAAGAUAUUUUAAUAUAAAUAAUGUUUUAUCUACGUCCUAAUUUGCUUUUACUGACUUCCAUCUUGAAACAGAGACUGUAAUGUUAUUCUUGUGCUUUUGGACGUUUUAGUGUUGAUGUGUGAGAUAUACGGAGGGGAUUUAGGUGCCAGAAACCAGAACAAAACAGAGAAGUAGGACUUUUUAUUCAUUGACAAUUAGCAUUUUUAGAAUCAACUUAUUUGUUGAAAUGUCGAGAAAAACUCGAAAAGUCAAACACAAACUUUGAAAAGUCAAAACAACUAAUAAAUCAAAGAUUCUGGCGUUGAAUACAUUAUUAAAAUGUUGACUUUAUUCUGGAAUUGUAAAACUUCCUCCUCAUUUCCCCCUUGGCCAGGCCCUCUUUAUUUAAGAGCUUAAUUAAAAGUUGUGUUUCACUGGAGAACCUACAAAGUUAAUCACAGACCCAAAACUAGUAAAAAUUGUGAAGUUGUGAAUGAGAAAUGCAUUGAAUUUGGUUGCUUAUAAUAGCAGCUUUUAAACACCAAAAUAAAUGUAUGUCACAGUUGGAUCCAUUACAAAUCCACACUGCCUAAAACGUUCAAAACCACAAGAAUAACAAGGGUACUUUUUUUAUGUUCAGUUGGAUUAACUCUCUUUAAGUUAUGGUGUAUGAGUUGUAAUGUAUUUAUAGGAGUGGUGAAUGUGAGGCCUGUACUUGUUCUCCCUGUUCCCCCGACAGACAAAGCCAAGACUUCAUAGUGUGACCUAAACGAAGCGCCGUCUAACCCCGUUGGCUGUCACACAACACAUACCCUGGAUGACCUUUAAUAAUAUACUAUGCAUCACUUAUCAUACAUAAUAACCCCUGUGAUGGAGCCUGACCCGCUUUAGCCGUCAUUGUUAACUUUGUGCUACUGCUAACCGAAAGCCAGCGCUUGUGAGUUUUUGCAAUAAGCAACCAUUAUUCCAUCCUCUGUCCUCUUAAGGGAGAAAACUGUGAAUGUGUAACCAAAACCUAUAACGCAGAGUUUGUGAUAUUAAAAAGGAGCUUUUCCAACACUUGUGACCAUGGCUUUGUCCCCCCUGUCGUCUAACCCUCCCAAAUCCCCCGACCUCAAACUGUCGCCCUGCUGAUGAUGUGUCUGAGGAAAUGAGAUUCCCCAAAACUGGUUAUUUGUGUAUUCUAUUUUGCUCUGUUUAUUUUGUUUCUAGUCAUAUGACACUGGACUGUUGUGAAGGCAUCUUUUUUACUGUAAACCUGUGAUACUCAAUUUAGCGAACCAAAUCUGGCCCCUCAUAGGAUCCCCAUCGACCAAUUAUGAAUUCAGAAAAUAGAGAAAGCGAUUCACAGUUGUCAUUUUAUGAUGCUUUUAAUAUACAUUUGGAACAAUAGUGCUCACAUUUGCAUCUAAAUUGAUUAAAAUACUUUUUUUAUUCAUACAAAAAAGGAUAAAAAAAGUUACCUUGCCCAGAAAAAUAUGUUAAAUUCUUGUAAAAUAUUGAAUUUAUUUGUAAUUUUGGCCUAGUGUCAACCCUGCUAAAUUAAUAUUGUCAAUUUUCAAAUAAAGCAUUUCAAUGAAAGAUGGGGCUAUACCAACACAAUUUAUAUUAAAACGACAUUGUGUAAUGAUUUGAAAAAUGUAAUUAUGUUACCUUUCAUUAUUUAAUGUUAGGUUGUAAACAGCUUGAACACAACAUGUAAAACCAUUCCCAGCUAGAAUGUAUUAAUAAACCUUGAUGCUUUGAUGGCAAAAUGUAUUUUGGUUGGUUAUUACAUGAUGCAUGUGCUAUAAUCAUGAAAAGGAAGUGCAUAUCCCACCUUUUGUAAAAACAACUGCAAUAUAAGAUCCAAUAUGUCCAAAUGCAAGUAAGUGUAUUACAUAUUGCAUUCAAGCUGUUUAUAACAUAAUGAAAGUUGCAUUUUGUCUACCCAUUAUGUAAUGUGGUGUAAUUACACAAUGUGUUAUUUCAGGGCUUUUUUUUAAUACAUUUUUUUGUUUAUGAUCUAGCCCCUUGUGUCCUGUCAUUUUACAAAAGUGGCCCCCGGGCGAGUUGAGUAUCUUUGCUGAUAAACAGAUGGGUGUAGUUUUGUACUGAUGGAUGAAAUGACUGCAUCAUGAGAAGCGCUGUGUGUGUUUGGUGAGGUGGUGAAUUGAAGGAUGGAGGGCCUGUAUUCAUGUAUAAAUAUCCAUACUUCUGUGUAUAAUCUGUAAAGUAUGUAGAAUCUAAGCAGGAGAAAGGAAGUGUUUUAUAGGGGGAGAUAUGAGGCAGUCAGUGUAAUCCCACUGCAGUAGAUGUGACACAUGAAUGGGUGCCUUAUGUUGGGAGUCGUGGUUAUGGGGGGAGUUUUCAGCGCCGUUAAUCAACACGACCUCCCCUCUCAGUCCAAGGUGUCUCGAAAGUGAUUUACUGUCUUGUAAAAGAAUGUGACAUUGAGCGUAGAGACGAAAUAAGUGUCUUGUUAAGCGAGAUGAAAACAUUUAUUGGCCCCAUUAGAAAACCAGCAUAGUUCAGGUAAUUUAUUUUCUCCAUGAAGAGCAUCAAACUACUCCUACCGCUAGUUAGCCUCCACCUUCAAUUCUCCACUGCCUUUUGCUCUACAUUCCCCUAGUGCUUGGUGGUGUGUACUUGCUGUAUUUGCAUUCAGUCUAAAUGGAAAACAUACAUGCAUAAAUAAAUGUCUCAGUAUGA